AUGUGUUCUGUAUGUGUUGCCUGCACUACUGGUGACUUUAGCCAGAAGAGGAGUCUGAAAAGAAGGUUGCGUCGUCAGCUGAAACGGGAUCCUGCGAACGAAUGGACAUCAAGAACGAAGGAGUUUGAGAAGGCGUGGGAGGAUAAGAACCCGAGAAAAACCUGCACUCUGCUAAGGCAGUAUAGCACCAAGAUGAAGAAGUGUUCGCCUGUCCUGAACACCGCCAACGGAGUUGCUGUCGGGGAAACAACCUUGCCCUUCUGCAGGGAGCAUUUUAACACUUUGCUGAACCGACAAGCGCCGUCUGUCCCUGAACUUGCAUGCCCAAAGAACAGAUAUACACCACGGCCAGCGAAGAGCCACCGACGGAGUCGGAGGUUCUAG